ACUUCCGCUUCCGGCGCUCCAGUGGUCCAGGUCCAAAAUGGUGGCUGCGGCGAUACCUGCGAGCCGAGUUUCCCGGCUGCUAGGCCGUUCCGGCCCGCAGGUGGGGCGGCUUAUGUCGAGUGGCGCCCACGGCGAGGAGAGCUCAGCUCGCUUGUGGAAGGCCCUCACCUUUUUCGUGGCGCUCCCCGGGGUGGGAGUGAGCAUGCUGAAUGUUUUCCUGAAGUCGCGCCACGGAGAGGAGGAGAGACCCGAGUUCAUCGCCUACCCCCACCUCCGCAUCAGGACCAAGCCCUUUCCGUGGGGAGACGGUAAUCACACUCUGUUCCAUAACCCUCAUGUGAACCCGCUUCCGACUGGCUAUGAAGAUGAAUGAAGAGAACCUGGACCAUUAUUACCUAGGCAUUGGGGACCGAAGCUCUGAUUUGGACCAUGACUCAUUCGGACCAGAAAAGUGUAUGGGACCUUAAGCUCACCUUACUUAUCAGAUGAUGACCAUCAUACUGAUCCUCCAUCCCUUUGUUUGGCAAGAGAUGGCUUAAAUAAAUAACUUAAACUAUGA